GAUCCAGAGAGCAUAAGAUCCUUGUUGUGUCAGGUGAGUCGAACCGACGGGAUAAAUCACUCAGCGCUCACUCAUCUAUUGAUCUCAGAACUGAAACAGUCACAGGAUGUUGAGGGUGUUACUGCUCCUGUUGGCUGUGGCUGGUCUCCAUGCAAGACCUCUGCAUCAAUUCCCAAAUGGUAGACUGAAACCAAUAUGGCCAGACAAGGCCCAACACGAAGACAGAGACAACAUGAACACUGGCGUGAAACCCAAGAAGCAAACAGCCGUUCCUGUUGAGUUACGCAGACAGGGAACAGAACCAUCCCGACGCUUCCUGAUGGAUCUCAACACUGGGAUGCUCAAGAACGAAAUCAGCGAAAUGAACAGAAGAGUUUCUGGGUUCUACAAUCCUCCAGCUUAUGGGAAGAGGCAGGGAACAGAACCCUCCAGACGCUUCCUGAUGGACUUGAACACUGGGAUGCCUUUACAUGAAGUUGGAGAAAUGAACAGAAGAGUUUCCGGCUUCUACAAUCCUCCAGCGUAUGAGAUGAGGAAGGGAACCCAGAACUCUCGGGCCACUCUUGUGAAUCCCAGAACCGGACAGAAGCUGCCGCAACUAUCAGAGCUUCAGAGGAGGACAGCGCCAUUGGAUGAUUUCAGACAAGACCACGUCCAACACAUGAUGAAACCACAUGAGCUCAGAGCGAUCCCUGCUGAACCUUCCAGAAACGUCCUAAUGGACCUGAACACCGGUCUACUCAAAGAACACAGGAACGAGUUGGACGGGAGAGUAGCAGGCUCAGCCAAAUGGGAAGUGGUUUCUGGCUAUGAGCACGAGGACAUAAAAAGCCAAGACUCUUCUGAACGUAAGGAAAACCGCGUAGCCGUUCCUGUUGAGUUACGCAGACAGGGAACAGAACCUUCCAGACGCUUCCUGAUGGAUCUCAACACUGGGAUGCUCAAGAAGGAAGUCAGCGAAAUGAACAGAAGAGUUUCAGGCUUCUACAAUCCUCCAGCUUAUGGGAAGAGGCAGGGAACAGAACCCUCCAGACGCUUCCUGAUGGACUUGAACACUGGGAUGCCUUUACAUGAAGUUGGAGAAAUGAACAGAAGAGUUUCCGGCUUCUACAAUCCUCCAGCGUAUGAGAUGAGGAAGGGAACCCAGAACUCUCGGGCCACUCUUGUGAAUCCCAGAACCGGACAGAAGCUGCCGCAACUAUCAGAGCUUCAGAGGAGGACAGCGCCAUUGAAUGAGUUUAGACAAGCCACUGAACACCAGCCGCAGGUCCUACACGAGCUCAAACACGGCUCUGAACCAUCCGGAAACCUCAAGAUGGACGUGAACACCGGUCUACUGAAAGAAAACCAACAUAAGAUGUCCAGAAGAUCACGCUCAGUCGAAUGGGAAGUGGUUUCUGGCUAUGAGCACGAGGACAUAAAAAGCCAAGACUCUUCUGAACGUAAGGAAAACCGCGUAGCCGUUCCUGUUGAGUUACGCAGACAGGGAACAGAACCUUCCAGACGCUUCCUGAUGGAUCUCAACACUGGGAUGCUCAAGAAGGAAGUCAGCGAAAUGAACAGAAGAGUUUCAGGCUUCUACAAUCCUCCAGCUUAUGGGAAGAGGCAGGGAACAGAACCCUCCAGACGCUUCCUGAUGGACUUGAACACUGGGAUGCCUUUACAUGAAGUUGGAGAAAUGAACAGAAGAGUUUCCGGCUUCUACAAUCCUCCAGCGUAUGAGAUGAGGAAGGGAACCCAGAACUCUCGGGCCACUCUUGUGAAUCCCAGAACCGGACAGAAGCUGCCGUUACUAUCAGAGCUUCAGAGGAGGACAGCGCCAUGUGAGUGUUUCCAAACGUCUACACAAACGACAUCAGUCACGUUUUAGGACUUAGAAUAUGAU